AUGGCCAGCGUCGUCGACGGCAAUGGAGGCAGCCGGCUGGUGGUGACGGAACUGGGCCACGUCAAGGAGCUGGCGAGGCAGCUGGAGGUGCACCUCGGCGGCUCCUCGCCCGACCUCUGCAAGCGCCUCGCCUCGCAGAUCUCCUCCAUCACCGAGCGCUCCAUCAGCCUGCUCAUCACCACCUCCACCCUCGACGGCCCGCAGAAGCGGUCGGCGGCGACGGCCAGCCCGCUCAGCGACGCCUCCGACGCGCCCUUCGUCAAGGCCACCAAGAAAAGGACGACGAUGGACAAGAAGAGGCAUGAGGUGAGGGUGAGCUCGGCCGGCGACCACCCGGACGACGACGGCCAGAGCUGGAGGAAGUACGGCCAGAAGGAGAUCCUUGGAGCCAAGCACCCAAGGGGCUACUACCGCUGCACGCACCGGCACUCCCAGGGAUGUGCGACGACGAAGCAAGUGCAGCGCACCGACGAGGACCCGACCUUCUUUGAUGUUAUGUACCUCGGCGACCACACCUGCUUCGGGUUCGAGGAAGUCAUGUCAGCGCUCGACAGACCCGACGGGUUUCUCGACGACCUCGACCUCGACAUCUCAAGCUUCUUCGCGUGA